AUGGCAACUGGAUACCGGCUAAUGCCUUCGUAUGAUGACAGAUUUAGCAUGUGCCAAGCUACCAUUAAUGCCAUCGAAGCAGGAUACAGGCAUAUAGACACAGCGUUCAUUUAUCUAACCGAAGAUAUAGUUGGUAAGGCCAUUGCCAACGUCACGCGUCGAGGCAUCGUGAAGCGAAAAGAUUUGUACAUCAGUACCAAGCUACCAUAUUCCGUUGUUAAUAGGGCUGGGGUUGUGCCAGCUGUGAAAAAUGCUCUAAAAAGACUACAGUUAGAUUAUGUGGACUUGUGCCUUAUACAUCAACCAGUUGACAUGGUUGGAUCAAAGGAUUACGAUAACUUGGAGAUAUGGAGAGGGCUUGAAGACGCAAAGCGGUUGUGUUUGACGAGGUCGAUCGGUCUAUCGAACUUCAACAGCACGUUCAUGACCAGGAUCUUGGCUAACUCGGAUACCGUGCCUGCUGUUAAUCAACUCGAGACAAAUCCUACAUACGCGAAUCUGGAGACAGUAGCUUAUUGUCAAAGCUUAAAUAUAGUUGUAACAGGAUAUGCGCCAUUUGGUUUCUUGGUGCCGAGAACUCUAAAUGAUUUAUCGUUACCACCAACUUUCGACGAUCCAUUCUUGGUGGGGUUGGCCAGAAAAUACGCUGUGAAUGUCAGCCAGAUUGUCUUGCGGUAUCCGGUCGAACGCGGUAUUAUUCCAAUUGCUAAAUCGUCUAACAUUGAUCACAUUAAACAGAACGUAGACAUUUUUGGUUUUACCAUCGAUCCAGAAGACAUACUUAGAAUUAAUCAGUUUGACAGAAACGUAAAAGUUUAUCGCAUUGAUUAUCCAGGACUGUUUCAAUUCGUCAGAGAUAACUAUCCCUUUGUGAGGAGAUACGUCCGAAGGAAUAAUUUGCGACAGUAUAUUGAUGACCUUUGA